AUGCUAUCCACACAAGGCCAAACGGAGACAAGUGCCGUGCAACCCGCUAUGAAGACGUACACAAAUCCCCUCCCCAAGCCGCCGCCGUCCUCCCAUCCCCGGCCCUUUGACCCGUGGAACUCGUCCUCGACCGGCCACCAGCGCCGCGAGGCAUCCCGCCGCGAGACCGAUGGCGUCUCCGAAACCUCGUGGCGCGCGUCCCGCGCCUUGAAAAUCAACCAGCAGCUAAAGACACAAAGCCACGUCCCGCCACCGCCACCGCCAGCGUCGCAAGACGGUAAACCCACGCAACGACAACCAAAGAGCGUCAUGGAAAUGCUGGUCAGGCCUGGCUCCAUGAAAGAGACCAUGUCGUCUUUGGCAGUGGUGGCAGAAGAAGCAUCAUCAGAAAAGGUAAAAAAAGACGAGGUGGCGCGGAGAAAUGGAGAGAGCGCCGGCCAGAGCCUCAUCUUUGCCGGCCUGGUCGUCCACGUCAACGGCAGCACGGCGCCGCUCGUCUCAGACUACAAGCUCAAGACGCUGCUAGCCGCCCAUGGCGCACGCGUGGCGCUGCAUCUCGCCCGGCGGCACGUCACGCACGUUGUCCUCGGACGUCCAGCAGGCAGUAUCAGCGGCAGUAUCAGCGGCAGCAGCAGUGCGGGAUGUGGUGGCGGACUGGCGGGCACCAAGAUGGACCGCGAGAUUCGGAGACGAGGCGGCAAUGGUAUCAAAUACGUUGGCGUUGAAUGGGUUCUUGAAAGCAUCCGCGUCGGCAGACGCCUUCCCGAGGCGCGAUUUGCAAAUCUCGACAUUGCCCCCCACCGACAGUCGAGCGUCUACAGCCUCUCCAAGAAGCCAGCCUGA